AGUAACAAUUUGGAAAUUAAUUUUCUUGGUUUUCGUGUUUCGCAAAAUUUUGCGGUAUUUCACAGCGAUUUCACCUUGGUUUCCACGCAACGGGCACACCGCCGAAGUAAAGCGCCAAUUCGCGGGCAUAACAGAUUUUGAAGAACUGCGUAAAAUUUAAAAAAAUAUUGUUCAUGAUGGCUGAAAACAGCGACAAUUUGUUCCCCAAACGUGUAAGCAGCCCACCGAACGGAAAAGAGCAGACACAGCCGCCAGCCAAAAAUCAGGCCACAGAGUCGAGUGAUGCCACUGGACUUCUAGACAAUUUGGUGAGCGGCGUGCCGCCCACCUCGUACCCGGAACAGGUCCGCGUCUCGGCACUCAACGCGAUGGUGGAUGAGUGGAUGAACACUGGCCAAAGGGUCGAGGACAACGUCUUAGGCGGUGCCACAGCUGCCGGGAAUUUGCCAGCAGCAGCCAAGAAUGAGCCCAAUGGCGCUGAUGAAGGCAGCCCCAUGGUAGCCUCACAACCCAAUGACGAAGAAGUAAUUUCGCUUAUAAGCAGCGACGAAGAAGUAACUUCGCCUAUAAGCAUCGACGAAGCAGUAACUUCGCCUAUAAGCAGCGACGAAGAAGUAACUUCGCCUAUAAGCAGCGACGAAGAAGUAAUUUCGCUUAUAAGCAGCGACGAAGAGGAUGAUUGUAUUAUAAUUGACGAUGAGCCCGACGAUGAGCAGCAGGAGGCUGCACCUUCCAGCAAGCACUAACUCUAUGCUAAAACGAAUUGUUAUCCUAUUAUUGUAAAACAUUUAUAAUUAAUCAUUAAUCAACCACAACAUUGCCCA